UACAAUUUUUUUGAGUUUUUUUAAUUACAAUCAGCCAUGUCUAUGACUCUUUCCCCGGUGUUCUUCCCCAACGAUCUCAUCACUGAAAUCUUCUCCGUUCUUCCAGUAAAAUCUGUUCUGCGAUUCAGGUGCGUUAGUAAUUCUUGCAACACUCUCAUUUCUGAUCCCACAUUUGUUAAAUUGCAUCUCAAGAGAUCUGAAACACGAAACCCACACUUCUUACUAAUCACCGAUCACACCAUAGAAAUAAAUGGCGAGUCCCCAUACGGCAGUGAAGAUGACUAUAAGAUAGAUUCCGGUGUCAUUCCAUACUCCAUACGCAGUUUAAUCCACAACCUGUCGUUCACUCUUUCUGUCAAUCCUUACUACCUGGUUAUUAAAGGAUGGACUCGUGUCAUUGGUUCCUGCAAUGGGUUGAUUUGUUUGACUGAUGAUUCUUUCAACGGUGAGUAUCGAGAUUACUGGUUCCGUUUAUGGAACCCAGCCACAAGGACAACAUCUCCAAUACUUGGGAAUUUUUUCAUUUUUCACAAUUAUUCUCCGGAAAAACCUGAUUGGUUUGAUGGUUAUUACAAAUUCUCCUUUGGAUGUGAUAAUUCUACCAGCACUUAUAAGGUCGUGGCCGCACGUUACAAUCAACGUGAACUGAGAAGCAAUGUGAGAAUUCUAAGUUUGGGUGAUAACGUUUGGAGAGAUAUUGAAAGUUUCCCGGUUGAUCCUAUUCUUUUGAACUCCUCUUCUAGCGAACUUGGUGAGUAUGCUGCUGUUUAUUUCAGUAGUACUCUUAAUUGGUUGGCUAUUCAAAAUAAAUUUUAUUAUACUGUUAGCAAUAUUAAGGAUAUUACUGUCGAACAAUUUGUUAUUGUUUCACUUGAUUUGGGGAGUGAAACAUACAAUCAAUACUUAUUGCCUCGUGGGUUUGAUGAGGUGCCGCCUGUGAUACCAACUAUUGGUGUGUUGGGGGACCAUCUUUGUUUUUCUUAUUGUUACAAGGAAAUUGAUUUCGUUAUAUGGGAGAUGAAGAAAUUUGGAGUUGAAGAUUCUUGGACCCCAUUUCUUAAAAUUAGUUAUCACAAUCUUCAAGUUAAUUACAACUAUAGUGAUGAUCGCAUAAAAUAUCAUUUUAAAUUGGUGCCGAUGUUUCUUUAUGAGGAUGCGGAUACAUUGAUAUUGUGUAACAGUCAAGAAAGGGAAGCAAUUAUCUAUAAUUGGAGAAAUAAUCGUGUAGAGCGAACAGGAGCUACCAUAUAUUAUGGAUCAUUUACAGAUGAUAUAGCUAGUUGUAUAUCUUGGAGCAUGGCCAAGGGUUGUGUUGAAAGCUUAGUUUCGAUUUGUUGA